UUAUCUUCACGCUGCCAUUACCACCGUGUUUCAAAUCCAUACGACACAACCGAAGGGCGAUAUUCUGGUGUUUUUAACUAAGAAAUUGAGGCUUGUCACGAAAAUCUUCAAGAAACAGCCCGCACAUUGGGUAAUAAGAUUGCGGAGCUGAUCAUAUGCCCCAUCUACGCUAAUCUUCCAAGCGAUAUGCAGGCGAAGAUAUUUGAACCUACUCCUGAAGGUGCUAGGAAGGUGGUCUUGGCUACGAACAUCGCUGAAACGUCCAUCACGAUUGACGGAGUGGUCUUUGUAAUUGACCCUGGUUUCGUCAAGCAAAAUUCGUACAAUCCAAGAACUGGAAUGUCGUCUCUGGUUGUCGUUCCUUGUUCUCGUGCUUCUGCUAAUCAACGAGCAGGAAGAGCCGGUCGUGUCAGGCCCGGAAAGUCAUUCCGACUUUACACAAAAUGGGCAUUUUCAAAUGAGUUGGAAGCUAACACUGUACCUGAAAUACAACGUACAAAUCUUGGCAUGGUUGUUUUGCUUCUCAAGUCGCUAGGUAUCAACGAUUUGAUUGGGUUUGAAUUUUUGGACCCACCUCCGGGGGAGACCCUGAUGAGAGCAUUGGAAUUGCUCUAUGCCUUGGGAGCCUUGAAUGACAGAGGAGAGCUCACAAAGCUGGGCCGGCGGAUGGCAGAAUUUCCUGUUGAUCCUAUGUUGUCCAAGGCGAUCAUUUCGAGUGAAAAGUAUGAGUGCACUGAUGAGGUUCUGACCAUUAUCGCCAUGCUCUCGGAGUCGGGAUCACUUUUCUACAGACCCAAGGACAAGAAACUUCACGCAGACCAAGCACGACAAAAUUUUGUUCGUCCUGGCGGAGAUCAUUUUACCCUUCUGAACGUUUGGGAGCAAUGGGCCGAAACGAAUUAUUCGCAGCAGUUUUGCUACGAGCAGUUCCUCCAAUUCAAGAGUCUUAGUCGGGCACGCGACAUCCGAGACCAGCUAGCAGGGUUGUGUGAGCGGGUGGAGAUUGUGAUAAAGUCGAAUCCCAACUCGAAUGAUAUCACCCCAGUCCAGAAAGCCAUAACGGCUGGCUACUUCUAUAAUACCGCCCAACUACAAAAGAGCGGUGAUUCGUACCGCACACUGAAGACGAAUCAUACAGUUUAUAUUCAUCCGUCUUCGAGCUUAUUUCAAUUCCAGCCGCCUGUCAAGACAGUGCUGUACUAUGAGCUUGUUAUGACGUCCAAGUCGUACAUGAGGCAAGUCAUGGAAAUUAAACCUGCCUGGCUCAUGGAAGUGGCGCCGCAUUAUUUCAAGCCUGCAGACCUGGAACAGUUGGCUUCGGGUGACAAGAAAAUGCCGAAGAAUGAGGCUGCAUCUCUUAGCUCUGCUAAAUCUUGAUGAAUUUAUAUGUAUUGGAGUCGAUGUAUAUCAUGUAUUGUAUUUCAGUAGGGACGAUGAGGAAGUUGCAUUUGACAAGAGCACGGCAGUGAUUCAUGCGUGGUAACGUAGUAGACAUUUCUUGCUGUAUGAUAUUCAGCUCUUAUUUUUGUAGUUUGACUCGAGAGUCGCAUCCAUAUAUAGCUCUCUAAUUUCCUGGUUUGGUGUGUAUACG